CGGCGGGGCAGCCCCGCGGAGGGGGCCUCGGGGUCCUCGCGGCGCCGGCUGGGGGCGGCCAUGUUGGGUCCGGCGGCGGCGGGGGGCUGCGGGCUGGCGGCGGGGCGGGCCCUGAGCCGGGCCCUGAGCCUCAGCCACGGCCGGGGCACGGUGGUGGUGGAGCGCUGGUGGCCGGUGCCGCUGAGCCGGGAGGGGCGGGCGCCGCGCCUGCACCCCCGGCGGCACCGCGUGUACCGGCUGCUGGAGGACGGCAAGCACCUGCCCAAGGCCGACCUGGAGCUCAUCCUCACGCAGGCCGUGCAGGGGCUGGGGACCCGUGGCGACACCGUGUUCGUGAAGAAAUCGGUGGGGCGCAACAAGCUCCUGCCCCAGGGGCUCGCCGUGUACGCCUCGCCCGAGAACAAGCAGCUGUUCGAGGAGGAGAAGCAGCAGCGCCAGGCGGGGAAGCUGGAGGCGACGCAGACGCAGAGCGGCGAGAAGACCCUGCAGUUCCUGCGGAGCUGCCGCCUCGAGGUGGGCAUGAAGAACAACGUCAGGUGGGAGCUCAGCGCCGAGAUCGUGGCGCGGCAAUUCCUCCGGAACCUGCGGGUGGCCGUGCCGCCCCACGCGCUGCAGCUGCCGCCGGAGCCCAUCACCAGGUGGGGCGAGUACUGGUGCGACGUGACGGUGAACGGGCUGGACACGGUGCGCGUGCCCAUGGCGGUGACGGAGUUCCUGCGGCCCCGGACGCGGCAUCGCCGGCGCUGGCAGGCCCGGCAGGAGGCCCUGCUGGCUGCCAAAAAGGAGGAGCUGCUCUGAGCCCCCCCGCAGGGACGGGGUCCCCCCCCCGGAGCCUUCCCUCGGGACCCCUCCCUCGGUGUCUGCCCCCCCCUGCGGUGAAUAAAGGGCUCAGCGCCGA